AUGGCGACGUAUCUCCCAGUCUCUUCGCCUUUUAUCCGAUUUGCUGGCCGAUUUGUCGACGAGUCUUUCGGCGUUGCAGCGGGUUACAAUUUCUUCCUUUUCCAAGCGUCGCUGUUACCUUUUGAGAUCACUGUCUGCAAUGUCGUAGUACGAUACUGGACCGAAGCCAUACCUGUGUGGGCCGUCUGCCUCGUCUUUCUCGCGCUCUACGCCAUCCUCAACUUCGUCGCGGUCAAGUUCUUUGGCGAAGCAGAGUUCUGGCUUUCCCUCGGAAAGGUCAUUCUUAUUGUUGGCCUAAUCUCCUACACAUUUGUCGUUAUGGUUGGUGGAAACCCACGACGCGAUACGUUCGGGUUUCGCUAUUGGUACGACCCUGGUGCAUUCCGGGAACUCUAUCGGGAAGGCUCUCUCGGCCGCUUUCUUGGCUUCUUGUACUGCCUCAUCCAAGCCGCCUUCGUCAUCGCUGGUCCUGAGUACGUCUCAAUGACCGCAGGUGAGGCCGAGAAUCCAAGAAAAGUCCUACCGAAGGCGUACAGGUCGAUAUUCUGGCGACUGACAACAUUCUUCGUUCUCGGAUCUCUUGCUGUUGGAAUCGUCGUGCCAUCUGAUGACGUAAAGCUGAAAGAGGCGUACUCAAGCAGCAAGGGAGGCGCCGCUGGAUCACCAUAUGUACGGUCGAUGGAUAUCCUUGGUAUUCCUAUCUUGCCGCACAUUGUCAAUGCCUUGAUCUUGACAUCCGCCUUCAGUGCCGGCAAUAGCACGACAUACUGCGCAACACGAACUCUGUACGGCAUGGCUCUUGAGGGCAAGGCCCCUCGCUUCCUAUCCAAGUGCAACAAAGCCGGCGUGCCUUACUACUCCGUUGCGGUUGUCAUGUGUUUCGGUGGUCUCUCCUUCCUGCAGGUUUCCAACUCAACGGCGGUGGUUCUCAAUUGGUUCGUCUCUUUGGUUACAGCCUCUCAACUGAUCAACUUCUGCGUCAUCGCCUUCACCUUCACACGUUUCAUGAAAGCUUGCAGCGCCCAAGGGAUCUCCAGAGACUCACUGCCUUACAAAGCACCGUUCCAACCGUACACGACUUGGUUCGCGUUCACUUGCUGUUCCAUCAUGGUCCUAAUCGCUGGGUAUAGCAUCUUCAUUGACGAUAACUUCACUGUUCCUGAUUUUCUCUUUCAGUACAUGAUGGUUGGCGUAUUUCCGGUGGUGUUUGGUUUCUGGAAGGUAUUGAAGAAGACGAAGUGGCUACAGCCCACCGAGGUCGACCUUACGACCGGCGUAUGGGAGAUUGAUAUUUACACGGAGAACUUUGUGCCCACGCCUUCGAAGACAGCGUUUACGCGAGCUCUGGAUAAGGUGUUUAGUUAA